AUGAAUCUUCAAAAGUCUCAGCUGAUGGGCCCCCGCCCUUCAAUACACGAGGAACAAUGGCUCCAGUACAAGGAGAUUAUCCGAUAUCAAUUCCUCGUGCGCAACAUGUCAUUGAAAGAACUCGUCAGCUUCCUCUCGUGUAUGGGAUUUACCGUAACGUCCUUCCAACUCCAGUUCAAACUCAAGGCAUGGGGAAUACUAAAGAAGAUGGACAAGCCAACAUGGCAGUACAUUGAUCGCAGAAUCAAUAAGCGUAAAGCUCAAGGAAAGGAUACCGAUGUCAUCCUGUCAGGAAGACGUCUCAAACAGUCAGCUAUCAGCAAAGCCAUUACCGAUCAUGGCGCCAAAGAUAUCUUCACACAAAUGGCACAAGCUCGCUCCCCUCCGCCAUCCCCGGUCAACCCUUGCCUUACUAUCUGCACUCCCCCAUCCCUUCGGAUGGAAUAUGAAUGGCCAGUGUCUCUACCUUGGAUGAAAUUCCAGAACACAUACCAAACACCAACGAGGCAAUCUCUGUCCUCCUAUCGAUGUGAUACCGCGAUUACUGCAGGCCGGCCUGCUUCAUGA